AUGCCGAACACAACAGGUGCCGCCACAGCGAACCCCUUCGAAGAGCCCCAACGCCGCAUCAAUGAAUACACUGCACAGGAGAUUGCAACACUACAAUCCCGCCUCGAUAAGAAACUAGGACCUGAGUAUAUCUCCGCACGACCUGGUGCCGCGGGGCAGAAAGUGCACUAUCUUGCCGCAGACAAAUGCAUCAACCUUGCAAAUGAAGUGUUUGGGUUCAAUGGCUGGUCCAGCUCCAUUCAGACGAUUCAGAUCGAUUUUGUUGAGGAGAAUCCAAACACAGGCAAAAUCAGCUUAGGCCUCUCGGUAAUCAUGAGAGUCACUCUGAGGGAUGGCACUUUCCACGAGGAUAUCGGCUACGGGCAUAUCGAGAAUUGCAAGGGUAAGGCCGCGGCCUUCGAGAAGGCCAAGAAGGAAGGCACAACAGAUUCCUUGAAACGUACUUUGAGGACCUUCGGCAACGUGUUGGGCAAUUGUGUUUAUGACAAGGACUAUGUCUCCAAGGUGACUAGGGUGAAGGCAGCUCCUGCGAAAUGGGAUAUUGAAGAUCUUCAUCGUCACCCUGACUUCGCUCCGCCUGUUAAGAAAGAACAACCUCCACCUCCGCCCAAACGGGUAUCCGAGGAUGAUGAUUUACCCCUUCCUCGCCCUGCCAACCAAGCUAGGAAUAACCAUAUAGGAAAGCAUGUUCCUACUGAUGGUGACGGGGAAUUUGGAAGUGAUCUCUUUGAUGAAGCCGAUUUUGGAGUUCCCGAUUCAGGCAAUCCUGAUGAGAUAGUAAUAGACACGGAGCCUCCACGCCAGCAGCCGCCUGUCCCUACUACUGGUCCAGCCCCACAACGUGGGCCUGCUUUGCAGCCAGGAUUCAACCCAGCUGUCGUCACACCCUCAAAACCUGAGCGAUGGAACGGUUCAGGUCCUGCAGGACGACCAGUUCCACCAAUUGCACGACAGACCCCAGGUGCCAUCCCCCCACCUGCUGCAGCAAAUGGUCGUCCCAUGUCCGGCCAAAAUCCUGCUCAAAUCAUUCAAAAUACCAGACCUCCGGUCCCACCACAACAACAAGCUGGUCAAAACGGACAAGCAAAUAACAUCGCCCAACCUCCAAUAAAAAGGGAAUCCUUUUCUGGGGGGAAUCAGGAAAUAAACCCACCCCAAGGGACACCGUCAGGUGGAUUCUACUCUGCCAGAGCAGUAGAUCUCCUUCGCGACAACCCAAACGGCGCAUCGGCAGCACCGCAAUUUGAUCCACACGCAGAGAGUCCAUCGAUCCGCAAAACAGCCGGCGUAGACCAUACCAAGAGCGUUCCCAUUUCCAGACCCAUGCUUUCCAACGCCUCUCCCGCACCCAACAACAACUCACGCGACUAUGUCAAUCCCGCAGUCGAUCUACAACGCAAAGUCGGUGCUCCCGGUAGCGGAUUCGGCAGUCCAGUCAGCAGAGGCCCAUCUGUCUCAUCUUACCGUCCCUUGACCCGACCCAACAACGGUUCCAAUCCAGCCACCGUGAACAGGGGCAGUGUCCCCCCACAGAACCUAAAUGGAAAACGGCCUCCAUUGAUCGAUGUCACAAAUGCCAAUGCUUCGCCAGGCGCCGAUCCUGGGCAACCGGUCCCCGGUCCAAAUGAACCUAAACGACCCCGGGUCUCGGAUGCUGACUCUUCUGGCCCUCGACCGCCAACCCAGUAA